AUGAACAAUGUACAGCAUCCUUCGUAGAUCAUUGAAACAAUUAAUGGAAUUACAUUUUCAAGUGCAUUUGAUUCAGGGAAUUUAAAAAGUGUUCUCUAUGAUAAUGGAAAAGUAUAAAAUAAUUAAAAUAUCAAAUAAUAAGUAUAUCUUACAAAUCUCAAAUGAUUGUGGAAUUAAUGGUAAAAUCACUAAUUAUAGAACUUGGUUUUACUUUUCUGUAUCUGGAAUGAAUGAAGGUGAAAUCACAUUUACAAUUGCUAAUAUGUAAAAUUAAGUAAUUGAAAUUGUAAUAAUAAAGAUGGGAUUAUUUAAAGAUGGUAUGCAACCAGUUUUUAGAAUUAAAAAUUCUAAUGAAUGGGCUCGAAUUAAAUAACCUUGUUAAUAUAGAUUAGUUUGUGAAGGCUAAUUUGAAAUCACUUUCUAACAUGUAUUUUUUAAUGAUUUAACUGUUUAUUUUGCAUUUUUCUAUCCUUGGAGUUGUUAAGAUAAUGAAGUACUAUAACAUAUUAAUAAUUAAGAACUUCCUUAAAGUUUGUUAUUCAAUGUCUUUAAAAAUUCCUAAUAUUUAUUAUGAUAAUUCCAUACUGUCUUAUUCUAUUGAAGGUAGACCUAUAAACUUAAUAACAAUUACUAAUGGAACUUCACUUAUAAAUGAAGAACCUAUGGCUGGAUUAUUUCCUAUCACAAAACCUUUAGUUUUUAAGAAACCUUAUAUUUUUAUUUCUGCCCGUGUUCAUCCAGGAGAAGUUCCUGGCUCCUUUGUUAAUAAUGGAUUAAUUAAAUAUCUUUUAACUCCAAAUAAUCCUGUUGCAGAUGCAGCCAGAGACUAAUUUGUUUGGUGUUUUAUUCCUAUUAUUAAUCCUGAUGGAGUUUAUAGAGGACACUAUCGAACUGAUUCACUUUGUUAAAAUCUUAAUCGAUAUUAUUUAUCACCUUCUAAAGAGGAUCAUCCAACAAUUUAUGCAGUAAAAGAAUAUUUAAUGAGACUUCAUAAAACAGGUAGAUUUCUUGGAUAUAUUGAUUUACAUGCUCAUGCUGGUCAUAAAGGAGUAUUUAUUUAUGGAAAUUAACUUCCACAACUUAAAUAACAUAUUUAAAAUUGUAUCAUUCCUAAAUUAAUUUGUUUAUAUUCUUCAAUCUUUGAUUAUGAUGGAUGCAAUUUUACUGAAAAGAAUAUGUAUGCUGCAGAUAAAGGAGAUGGACUUAGCAAAGAAGGCUCAGGUAGAGUAGCUCUCUAUAAAGCAUGUGGUAUUAUUCAUAGUUAUACUCUUGAAUGUAAUUAUAAUAUAGGUAAAAUUACAAAUUUUAUCUAUCAGGAAUCUUAAGGUAUUCAUUUUAUUCAAUUUAUUAGAUGAUUCAUACAAACAUAAUACUUUAGAUCAAAAUAUUGUUUUGGGAUCUUUUUAAACAACUAUUCCUUAAUCAAAUUUCUACACUAUUGCAGAUUUUGAAUAAGUAGGAGUUGCAAUUGUUAAUGCUUUUCUUGAUUUCAAUCUUCUUAAUCCUAAAAGUUGUCUUUCAACAUCACCUUUUAAAAAUUUAGCAAAUUUAAAAACCUACUUAGCUUAUAAUAUUAUUAAAUCAACUGCUAUUCGAUAUGAUCCAUAUAUGAAAAAGAUCUUAAAGUAAAAAUCAAUUUUAAUUAGGUAUAUUAAUAAUAAAGAAUAAGUUCCAAGAGUUAUUAAGGCACUUUAUGAUUUUAUUUGUACUGAUUAAAUUCAAGAUUAUUUAGAGGAUAAUCCUAAUAAUCCAGCAUAAAAACCAUUAACAAGAUAUGAGAAAGCUCAAGAAAUUAAAAGAGAAAGAUUAAAAAAAUAACAGAAUUAAUAAUAAGAAGAAUAAGAAAAAGAAAAAGAGCAAGAAUAAUAAUAAUAAUAGUAAGAGGGAAUAAAAUAACAACUUGAGAUAUUAGAUUUUGAAAAAAAACCUGAUAAACAAAAUACUUUUAAUAAUACAGACUUAAAUGCUUAAUAAUUUUAAGAUGAUGAUUAUUAUUAAGCAAACGCAGAAUCACUGCAACCUUUAGAAUAAUUUAAAAAUUGA